GGCACUCCAUGCCUACACGUGCAUGCCCCCCCCCCCCCCCCCCCCCUCUCUCUCUCUCUCUCUCUCUCUCUCUCUCUCUCUCUCUCUCUCUCUCUGUAUGGGUGAUGCUGUCAGAUUCUAGCGCUUUCGCGGCCACCAAGACUCUUAACUGACAGAUCCUAUUUGGAAAACGUCUUAUUUCUUAGUUUUUCUUUUCCACUUAUGAACAAAUAUUCUCGUUUUUGUCUCUGUUUUGGAGCAGUUCUUUUCUUCAUGCCAAGAGAUGCCUUCUGAGGAAAUAUGGAUGAGCAAGCCAAGAAAAGCGGCUAAGGAUUUUUAACGGAUUGGGUGAAACAGUUGGGCUGCUGUUUGAAAGCUGGUUAGCUUUGCGACGACAUUGAAGAGGCAACAGGCAUGGAUGUACAGUGACAAGUGAAACGCAGUUAAAUCACCUUGCAUGCAGCUGCAUCUUGGAUUCUUACACGGUAAUACCAUUUCCAGUUGAAGAACGGUUUUUUUUUUCAUCGGUUAAGUAUGGCUCACCUGAUACGACACAAGCUCACCAACAAGCUGACAAAUGCAGCCCACACGGUGUCCAACAAAUCUCAAGCCAAGGUCAGCGGGGUGUUCGCCCGACUGGGCUUCCAGGCCGCGACGGACGAGGAGGGCUUGGGUUUCGCCGAGUGCGAUGACUUGGAUUAUGACUACAGGCAAGGGAUGCAAAUGGAUGUCCUUCAGGGCGAGGAGGAAGGGGGGCACAUGGAGGGAGGGGGCGAGCUGGAGGGAGACAGCCACUACCAGAGGGACGGCACUGGCCGGAGGCCUUCGUCCCUAAAGCCAAGCGUCUCACUGGAUGUGGAUAAGCCAAGAAUCACCUCAUGGGAAGCUGGCUGGAACGUCACCAAUGCCAUUCAGGUACACUAGUAACUUUGAUCUUGUAUUCUUGACUUCGAAAAGAUCGUGUGCGGCGUGGUUGAGGCCUGUCACAGCAUAAAAAGUCACCUUGAAGAUUUCCGUACUGAAGAUUUAAAAUUUUUUCGAGGGAAAUAUUUCUAUGAGAAUUGGCAUUGCAAGAUUUUAACGAAAGUAUGCGUUCAACAGCCUACUGUCGAAUGCAUUAUAGCCUACUGCUGAGGUAUAAAAGAUAGCUUAUUGAAAGUAUAAAACCUAAUCAAGGUUAAACGUUUGCCCAAAUCGAAGGUUUAAAAAAAUCUUUGUGCGUGUGGGUGUAUUCAAUGCAGCUUGUAGGUCGAAAUUAUUUAUUCAAAUCUUUUUAUCAGAUGAGCUGCAGGUCAGGCCUGUUCGACUUAGAUAGCCCUGAGGCUGAAUGAGCCCCACGUGUUAUCAGCGCCCUCAUCAAAUUAAAAUUGUAGCCAAAUGAAUAAUAAUUUUUAAAAAGCUCGUUUUUACAUAGACAUUGAAUUCUUGUAUUUCAGCAAACCGUGAGUUUUUCCAAGGGCACAGAAAAAAAAUGUGCGAUUCAGCCACUUAAAAUGAAUAAGCCCUGGUAAUUGAAACAUUUCCACUCAAUCGCAUUGUCGUUUUUUAAACUGGAAUUUUUUUGUUGUUUUUCUUAUGCAAGACAUUUGCUAUGUAAGGCAUUCAUUGUAUGCCGAGGCUGGCUCGACCUGUCACUGCGAUGUGGGCCUCGUCCAUUUCCACUCAUCUGCGCUUCUCUUUCCGCAGGGCAUGUUUGUCCUCGGCCUGCCGUACGCCAUCCUCCACGGCGGCUACCUCGGUCUCUUCCUCAUCAUCUUCGCGGCUGUGGUGUGCUGCUACACCGGCAAAAUCCUCAUCGCGUGCCUGUACGAGGAUAACGAGGACGGCAUAAAAGUACGCGUGAGGGACUCCUAUGUAGACAUCGCCAAUGCCUGCUGUGCCCCUCGGUUCCCCGCGUUGGGUGGGCACAUUGUGAACGUGGCUCAGAUCAUCGAGCUGGUCAUGACUUGUAUUCUGUAUGUAGUGGUCAGCGGCAACCUGAUGUACAACAGUUUCCCAGGGUUCCCUGUGUCUCAGAAAGCCUGGUCAGUGGUGGCCACGCUAGCGCUCCUGCCGUGCGCGUUCCUGAAGAACCUCAAGGCUGUGUCCAAGUUUAGCUUGCUCUGCACCCUUGCGCACUUCAUUAUCAAUGUUCUCGUAAUUGCCUACUGCCUCUCCAGGGCGCGAGAGUGGGCCUGGGAGAAGGUCAAAUUUUAUAUCGACGUAAAGAAAUUCCCAAUUUCAAUCGGCAUCAUCGUGUUCAGCUACACCUCCCAGAUCUUCCUGCCCUCCCUAGAAGGGAACAUGCAGAAACCAAGCGAGUUUCACUGCAUGAUGGAGUGGACACACAUUGCAGCUUGCAUCCUCAAAGGCCUCUUCGCCCUUGUGGCAUACCUGACUUGGGCAGAUGCCACCAAAGAGGUCAUCACGGAUAACCUGCCUUCAACUAUCAGGGCUGUAGUGAACCUCUUUCUUGUAGCCAAGGCGCUGUUGUCCUACCCACUGCCCUUCUUUGCUGCAGUCGAAGUUCUGGAGAAAUCACUGUUCCAGGAUGGUGGGAGGGCUCUCUUCCCUGACUGCUACGGCCCUGGUGGACAGUUAAAAUCGUGGGGUUUGGGCCUCCGCAUUGCCCUGGUAGUCUUUACUCUGCUUAUGGCCGUCUUUGUCCCCCAUUUUGCCCUCCUCAUGGGUUUAACUGGGAGUCUGACCGGCGCCGGCCUGUGCUUCCUCCUUCCGAGCCUCUUCCAUCUGAAGCUCCAGUGGAGGAAUCUCAUGUGGCACCAUGUCUUCUUUGACGUUGCCAUUUUUGUCAUUGGAGGCAUAUGCGCCAUAUCUGGCUUCAUUCAUUCAAUUGAAGGGCUCAUAGAAGCGUUCAGGUACAAUAUCCAUGACUGAAAGUUCCAGAGAUGACCUCUAUUGAAUGGAAAUGCCCUAAAAUGUCACUCUCAAUCUUGUCAAACAUCACAUUGACCACUUGAUAUAGUGGCUCAUGAGGACAAUUAUUAGUGUGAAAUGUAGCCUACAUUUUUAAUUUUGCCUUCGUGAUAAUGUGCAAUAAUAAACUCUACAAUCAUAGUGCAAGGUAGACAAGUCAUACCAGAAAACAUGUAAUAAUAAAUGGACAGAAGCAACCUCUGCAUGAAUGAGGUGAUGAAAUAUGCGGGCAUUAAUAUGCCUGUCCAGGUAGGCCUAACAGUCUCCAUGCAAAGUUGUGUCAGAUCCAGUGUCAUGUUUACCACGGGUCUAAAUGUGAGUGUGUUCGUGUUUAUAUCUGGGGGAUGAAAUAUGUGGGAAAACCAUGGUGUGAAUAUGUUAUAAGGUUUUGAGCUGCUAUAUAUAGGCUGUAUAAUUUAUUCCACUCCUGAGAAAAAUACAAGUCUGCGGAACCCCUGGGUUCAGAGGGCUCUCUUUGGGUUUAAUAAACAAAUUACUGGUGUGUAGUCAUUUAAACAGAAUCCUUUUCUUUUUUCCAUCCUAUAACUGUGGUACUCUUCAUUGGCUCGUUUGUUUUCUUGAUGUUUCAAAUGUCAUUCUGGAUGAAGUGAAUACAAAGUGCAAGCAAGUUGGUCCUGAUUGUGUAAUUUGAAAAAUGUCUGUCGAUAAUAUUCUCCUCCUAUUGAACUUGUUUAUUGUGAUUUAAUGGAACUCAUUAUGGUGUGUAAGAUAAAGAGUAUUUGUCGAAUUAAGAGAUAAAUAAAUGAAAUAUUUUAUGGCUGGUGAUUCUACUGUUUCCUUGAAAUAUAGUCUACUGAGACACAGAGAUACUUGGACUUUUACUUGAGGUUUUAGCAUUCUAGGCAUUAGGCUCAGAUCAUAAAAAG